UGGUCUGAAAAAGUUUGGCGUAAAUCAAAGGAGGAGCCGUUGGUCCCCAUAGGUGUCCUCGCCACCACGGGUGCACUGACCAUGGCUAUUCUCAGUUUCCGAAAACGCCAAUCCUGGAACAUGCAAUAUUGGAUGCGUGCGCGUGUUGCCGCGCAAGCCUUCACGGUUGGAGCGAUGUGCGUCUACUACUACAGUAGGAGUCCGGGUGAAGUUGAGAAGACGAGGCAUCUUGACGAAGCCUCGGCGAAACGGGAGCAACGUGAAAAUAAGGAUAGGCAAGAGUUUUUGACGAGACUCAAGGGUGCCGAAAACCAGUGGAAAGCGGAC